GUUGUGUUAAGAAGCAGCUGAAUGCACACAGUGCGUGUGUUAGCUGCUGAGCUAGGUUAGCAUUGCACACAGGGGAAACAUGGAGAUGUUGUUGAGGGAAAGAUGGAGCUAGCUGGUGAGAGUUAGCUACAAUACCAAGCAUUAAAAUUUCGAGAAGAAUCGCCUUAAAUCAGGAUCUUAGCAUCAGUAAUGAAGCACAUGGUAAUCGCUAUGGCAGAACCCAUGGAGAACGGCCCCAGUAACUGCAACGGUGAGGCCGAGCAGGUAUGGGAGAGACCCUGGACGUUGGACGAGAUGCGGAAAAACAGCGCAAAUUGGUCUCUAGCUGCAGAUUCUGGGCUUUUUCUCUACCUGCAAGACUUCUCUCAGUGGAUGUUGUCUAAGACGCAUGAGAUCGAAAAACAGUUGGAUGGCCUUAUUCGGGACACCAAAGCAACUGAUAGCUGCCUCCACACAGUCUUUAAUGACUUUCUUAUGCUUUCCAACAUACAAUUUAUAGAAAAUAGGGUUUAUGAUGAGGAAGUUGAAGAGCCAGUCCCAAAAACAGAGGCUCAGGAGAAACGCCCUGAACAGGAAAAAACACGAGAACAGAAAGAAGCAGAGCUGAUACCUAAAGUCCAGGAGGCAGUGAACUAUGGUCUGAAGGUCCUGGAAUGUGCCUUUGAGCAGCUGGACGUUAAAGUAGGGAACUCGGACUCUGAGGAUGAGGAGGCAGCUGACAGAGUGGAGCCCAUUCUGGAACCCAAGGAUUUAUACGUAGACAGGCCGCUCCCGUACUUGAUUGGAUCUCAGGCUUUUAUGGAACAAGAUGACGUUGGCCUGGGAGAUCUCUCAAGUGAUGAAAUGUCCAUUGACAGCGACAGGGAGAGUCUUGUUGAGAGUGAAGUGGAUAAAGAUCAGGAGGAGCACUCAGACGAGGACUUUGACCAAGAAGGAGAAAGCCAAGGAAGCUUAAAGAAAAAGCCUGUCAGUUCUGAUGAAGAGGAAGAAAAUGAAGAUUCUGACUUAUUUGGAGAAUCUGACAAGGAUGAAGAUGAAGCCAGAAGGGAUGACGUGGGUCCAGCAUCUUUUGCUGAUCAGCUGGCUGCAAGAAUUAAAGAUACAACAAAAAAGCCAGAGGCAGACCGUACGUCAUUGUCAUCAGGCACAUCUGUCACCAAGAGGAAAAACCAAGGAAAGAAACUGCCAGAGGCACAGGUGGAAGAUGAUGAUGAUGAUGAGAUGUUCAAGCCUCCAAAAAUGGAGGAUGAUGAAUAUUCUCCAUUCGGAGGAAAGGGUGGUCUCUUUAGUGGAGGUAAAGGCCUGUUUGAUGAUGAUGAGGGUGAUCUGUUUUCUGAGGCACCCAAAAAGGUGAAUGAGCAAGCAGCAUCUCAAAAAACAGAGAGUGUCAACACUAAGAGAAUACCCACAGGUGCAGUUUCCAUUUUCCCAGAAAACAGUCUCUUUGGCUCACCAAAUGGUUCAGACUCAUUAAUGAGUAAAGAGAAUGACCGACCAGUCAAAUCCAAAGUGCAGGCAGCUCGAGAACAGACGUCACAAGGAAGUGGCCUUUUUGAUGACAAUGAGGAUGAUGAUGACUUUUUCAGUGGGAAGAUGCUCAAAAAACCCACGUCUGCUGUACAGGAGAAAGCCAAGCCAAAGAUGACAGCAGACCUGUUUGGAGGUGAUGAAGAUGAUGAUGAGGAUGGUGACAUUUUUAGUGUGGGUUCUCGUUCUGCAGUUGCUCAGCAGAGUAAGAAAGCUGUGGAAGAGGAAGGGGUGAUACAACCUCCUGAGAAAAAGUUACCUGCUGGUGCCAUCUCCAUGUUUGGGCCUGGCACAAAUAAUCUUCUUGCAGAAAGCCUGAAGAAACGUCAUCCUUCAACAAGUGAGGAGUCUGUGAAAUCUGAGGAGAGUAUGCCCCCUCCUGUGGUCAAACCAUCAGUUGCUCCUAAAACAACAGAGAAAGUGCAGAGCAAGAGUCUUUUCUCUGAUGAUGAGGACUCACAAAUAUUCCCUACUGUGCCAAAAAGUCAGUCAAAACCAGAAGGUCCAGUGCAGAACAAACCAAGCAAGGCUACGAUCUCUAUAUUUGAUGAUGAGGAGGAGGAGGAUCUCUUUUCCUCUGUGCCAAAAUCUCAGUCAGUUCAGGUCAAAACAGCAGUGCCCCAACCCAAGAAAACUUUAUCAAGUGCUCUUUUUAGUGAUGAUGAGGAUCAGUGGAUGAGCUCACAGCCCAGCCCUGCCAAGCCUGACGUGAAGAGUGGUGGGAUGAAGGCUAGUACCAGUGCCCCCUCCAGGCUACCCAGUGGCAAAGCAGCACAGAAAGAUAGCUUGUUUGAUGACAAUGAUGACGAUGAUCUAUUUGCAGCCACAAAAGAGCCAAGUCAGAAGAAACCUCAGAGAGUCUCCCUCCUGUUCGAGGAUGAAGACGAUGAAGACAAAGGUUCACUGUUUGGUUUCAAGCCAUCUGCAGACAAAGGAACUCCGGCAGUCAAAGUGCCUGCUGCUGUGUCUCAGGCUCCCUCUCUGUUUGGCCCAGAGGAAACACAGAAAGUGGCAAAUGUAGCUGAGGAAAAGCCUUCAGACAAGAAGCCUGUGCAGCCAGCAUCUUCCCCUGAGGAGACUACCAAGAGUAAAAAGCCUGCUGGGGCUGUUAGCUUGUUUGGAGGAAUUAAUGUGCUAGGAGACGAAGCCAAAACCACAACAAAACAGAGCAAGAAUGCACUGGAGGACUUCGAUGAUCUUGACUGGCAUAAGGAAACCCCACCACCCAUGGAGACCAAGGAGAAGAAGGCCAAGAAAAACACAUUUAGUCUGUUUGAUGAUGAUGAUGAUGAAGAAGAGGAACAUGAUGAGAUAUCUCCUCUUUCCACAGCAACCAAGCAUACAGACAAAAGUACAUUAAAGUCUCAGGAGCCAAAAACUUUUGUGAAGAGCACAGGUGUGUUUCAGGAUGAGGAGCUUCUGUUCAGCCAGACGCAGCAAAGAGACAAUGACCCAGAGGUGGACCUCUUUGCUACGUCUGCUAAACCCUCAGCACCUGUACCUAGCUCAGCGAAGCCCGCUGUUUCUACACUGUUUGGGGAGGACGAGGAUGAUGACGACCUUUUCAGCUCUGCAAAGCCAAAAGCUCCACCGAAAGUACCAGACAAGCCGAGUAAGGCUAAACUUGAAGAAACCGACAAAGGUGCAAGUACAAUACAGUCAGCUAAGAGUGAGAAGCCUGUGAUCCCUGUAAAACCCAAAGAAACCUCAUCAAGGAUUGGAAAACUUCAAGCUAGUUUGGCCAUCAACCCUGCCAGCCUCAUGCCAGGAGCAGGUCCACGGGUUCCAGGUGCAGUCAGCAUAACCCCUGAUCUGACUCAGUCCAGUUCACCCAGACCUGCAGGGCUGCUGCCUGCCUCUGCGGCCACUGCGGGACUCCAGGUUGCUGCUGAGGGAGGGAUCAGCUUUGACUCCCCAGCUCAGGUCACAACAUUACAGAAUGCCAAUAAGGACCGCGUUAAAGGCGCAAUGCAUCGGCGUCCCCAGACACGUGCAGCGAGACACUUGGCUGCUCAGCGCUCUGAAGAGGCUCGAUUGGACAGCCCGGAAGAAAACUCAGCUCUUCAAGCUGGUUCAGCAGCCAGAACGACUUCAGCACCAUCUGCCUUUAAUCCUGUAACAGCCAGACCCUCUGCUCUCACACUACCUAUAACCACUAGCACCAUCACAAUGCCUGCACAAACACUCUCUGAUGGGGUGGUCAGGCCCAAGAUUCUCCCUCCUACUGGGGAGGACUUGUUUUCCUCAGAGGACCUUUUUGCUUCUGCCUCAGUUCCUAAACACACACCUCUACCGCAAACCAAGACAAAGGCUCCUGAGACAGUGGUCCAUGGAGCCUCCAAGAAAAAAGAGCCAGCCCUGCCUAUCUUCAACGACAAUAGUGAGGACCUCUUUGCCACAGUCAAGCCAAAGCCGGUGAAGAAAGCCAAGGCUAUGCCUUUCCUUGAUGAUGACGAUGACAUUUUUGGAACAGAGAAGAAGAAGGACUCUAAGACACCUGUCAGCUCUGUUAAACCAGACCUUUUCCAGGAUGAUGAAGAAACACCCUCCAAAGUACUUAAGAAACCUAAAGAACAGAGCUUGGAGGCAAGCCUGUUUGAUGAUGAUGUUGACAUUUUUGCUGAUUUGACUCCUGUAACAAAGCCAAAGGAGAAAAAGACGAAGAAGAAAGUGGAAACUAAAUCAAUAUUUGAUGAUGACAUGGACGAUAUUUUCUCAUCUGGAAUCACAAAACCAGUAGGGGCCUCAUCCGCAAAGAAGUCUAAGAAGCCUGUCCAGGAAACCAACUCGGCAGAGGAAUCAGGCCAUAAUAUUUUUGAUGACCCUCUUAAUGUGUUUGGUGGAAACUAAAUAUCUUCUAUAUUUGUGUUGAGAUUGUUGGACUGACAGGCUAGAACUUGCUGAAUUAAUACUGUUGACAGAUAAUUUAUAAUUAAUAGAAAAAACAGCCUUAUGACAUAUAGAUAAAUAAUUAAAAAAAAAACUAACUUUUAACGCUAUAUAAAAACUCAUGUUUGAUCAAUAGCUUACAUCUUCAUCAAAAAGAGAUGAAUAGAAAUCUCAAGUAACUUCUAAUGGCAUCUGCUCAUCUCUCAGCAGUAGAGUAAAGCUGCCAUGAAGUGUUAUUUAGAUUAUUAAUGGAUUGUUUUAUUUCUUUAUGGUUAUUAUGGUAAAGCACUUUAAAAUUGACAUUAUCUGUUGUACAUCAUAUAAAAUCAAAUUGAUUUGAUUGUGAAUGGAUACAUUCCUCUGACAUGGUAAACAUGGUUUAUUUGCAUUCUUUUGCAUCAGUUUGUUGCAUAUGACUGUCAAGAUUGCUUAUCAACCUUAGUGCUCAUUGUCUUUUGAUGCUGUUUUUAUAAAUUUUUGUGUUGCAUGUAAAAUGAUUUUUUGUAAACUAAAGAAAAUAUAUUUUAUGAAGAGUGAAA